AUGGAUAACUUCACCCCGGAGCGGCUCGAGCAACUCACGCGCCGCCGCCAGGAGCUCUACAACCAGUACGGCGACCGCGCCGUCCAGUUCCCCGAAUUCAACCAAAUCACGAAAAUCCUCAAGUACGUCAAGAUGCAGCAGCAGCAGAUGGGCCAGCCCCAGAUGAACCAGCCGCAAAUGGGCCCGAUGAGAGGCCAGCCGGUGCCCCAGGGGAUGAUGCCUCCCCAGGGCGGCGUGAACCCUCAGCAGCCGCCGCCGCCGUUUGCCGGUGGUGGCCGGCCGCCCCAGGCUCAAUCGCCGAUGUUUAACGGGGCUACCAACGGCGCUCCGACGCCACAAGGGUUCCAGGCGCCGCCGCCGGCAGCGGGAGUGGCCAUGGGCGGUGCCCCGGAACUGGCGUUUACUAAGCAACAAAUGCAGAUGGUCAAGACUCAGCUCACCAUGCUUAAUUAUUUGAAGAAUCCUCAGCCAACUAACGCUCCGUUACCGCAAAACGUGGUGGAUUUUGUCACUAACGAACGCAAUUGCUACGCCCAGGGUCCUUAUUUACCAGCAAAGAAUGCCGUUGGUGGUGGCACCAAUAAUCCUCAGACCACCGAACUGCCGUUCCCGCCACCGCCUAUUGCCGAUACGCCUAAACUGACGCCGGGGCUUGAUAAACUGGGGGUGACGCUGACAAGACCUACGCCCACUAUGGGAGAACGGCCCCAGCCGACAGUGGAGGUGGUCGACGAUAGUUUACCCGUGGUAUACGCCCCGCACCCACCAGUACCUCUAUCGGACCUUAUCCCCGAUCUAAACGAGACCAAGAAGACGGUGGUGCCGGUGAUGAACCCGUUAGACCAAGUGGACACGUUCGAGCGACCCGACCAUUCGCACCCUAAAGUGCCGUUUGCCGAUAUCGACAAGCCUGAGACACGUGUCAUGCAACCCUACCAUGGUUUCCAGAGCUUCUCUAUGGGCGAGAUCGUCAAUAACUGGGAGGUGAUGAUGGCGAUGCGCCAAGACGAGUACCGUACUCAAUUGAAGCAGAAGCUAGAACUGUGUUCUGCAGAGGAGAAAUCGCACAUCGAAGCCGAAUUGGCUAAGCUUGAUUUACUUCCGCUACAAAAGACGCUUCGCGGCCACGUCUUGCUGCAAGUGUGGUUCUCAAAGCUGGCGUUGCCGAGCAGCCACCCUAACUUUUUGGCGAAAUUCUCGCAGUUGCUGAUGGAGAACGUGUACCAGUGCCACGAGCUUUACCGUCACCAAAUGCAGACGCUUUUACAAGUACAGAACCGCAAGCACCAGACUACUAUCACCGACAUUUUGCUGUUCCGCGCUGAGGAAAUCGCCGCUGCUGGCCGUCGCAAGGAACGCAUGGCCCGGUUUGUCACUAAAGUGGGGCUGUUCCACAACCAGGUGGCUAAGGAAGAGCAGAAACGGGUGGAAAAGAUGGCCAAACAGCGUUUGCAGGCGCUUAAGCUGAACGACGAAGAAGCGUAUCUUAAAUUGUUGGACCACACCAAGGAUACUCGUAUCACCCACUUGCUUAAGCAAACCAAUACUUUCUUGGACUCGUUGGCAGCAGCAGUGCAGACCCAACAAAAGGAAACUCUGGUCAACCUUAAACAGCGAGGCAUCACCGCUGAAGAAAUUCCCGAGGAAGACCCUGAAGUCAAGCGGGAAAAGAUCGACUACUACCAUGUGGCUCACCGUAUCAAGGAAGAAGUCACCGUACAACCGUCAAUUCUCGUUGGCGGUACGCUUAAAGAGUACCAAUUGAAGGGUUUACAGUGGAUGGUGUCGUUAUUUAAUAACCACCUUAACGGGAUUUUGGCAGAUGAAAUGGGUUUAGGUAAAACCAUUCAGACCAUCUCGCUCAUCACCUACUUAGUGGAAGUAAAGAAGAUCCCCGGUCCGUUUUUGGUGAUUGUGCCGUUGCUGACGCUUACCAACUGGAAUAUGGAGUUCGACAAGUGGGCGCCACUGGUAAAGAAGGUCACUUAUAAAGGUACCCCCAACCAGCGUAAGAUUCUUCAAGCGGAUAUCCGUCUGGGUAACUUCCAGGUGCUUCUUACCACGUUCGAAUACAUCAUCAAGGAUAAGGGGCUUUUGCUGCGCAUCAAGUGGGUGCACAUGAUCAUCGAUGAAGGGCAUAGAAUGAAGAACGCCAAGCUGAAGUUGCUGGAGACGUUGACGCAAAACUACCACACCGACUACCGACUCAUUUUGACCGGUACCCCGUUGCAAAACAAUUUGCCGGAAUUGUGGGCUCUUCUUAACUUCGUUCUCCCUAAAAUCUUCAACUCAGUAAAGUCGUUUGACGAAUGGUUCAACACUCCGUUUGCCAAUACUGGUGGUCAAGACAAGAUCGAGUUGAGCGAAGAAGAGGCGUUGUUGGUGAUUAGAAGAUUGCACAAAGUGUUGCGGCCGUUCCUUUUGAGAAGAUUAAAGCGUGACGUCGAAAAAGACUUGCCUAAUAAGGUGGAAAAGGUCGUCAAGUGUAAGGCGCUGGCGUUGCAACAGAAGUUGUACCAAAUGAUGUUGCACCACAACAUCCUUUAUACUGCUGACGAAAAUGGGGCUCCUGUUUCGAUUAAGAAUGCCAACAACCAGUUGAUGCAAUUGAAGAAGAUCUGUAACCACCCAUUUGUCUACGAGGAAGUGGAAACUUUGAUCAACCCUUCGAUGGAAAACUCUGACCAAAUCUGGCGUGUUUCGGGUAAGUUUGAGCUUUUGGACCGGGUGCUUCCUAAGCUCAAAGCUCUGGGUCACCGUGUGCUUAUUUUCUUCCAAAUGACUCAAGUGAUGGACAUUAUGGAAGACUUUUUGAGACUUCGCGGCCUCAAAUACAUGCGGUUAGAUGGUGGUACCAAAUCUGACGAUCGUACUGGUUUGCUUAAUAAGUUCAAUGCUCCUGAUCUGGACUACUUUUGUUUCUUAUUGUCGACUCGUGCUGGUGGUUUAGGGCUCAACCUUCAGACUGCCGAUACCGUUAUCAUCUUUGACACCGAUUGGAACCCUCACCAGGAUUUGCAAGCUCAAGACAGAGCUCACAGAAUCGGGCAAAAGAACGAGGUGCGGAUCUUGCGUCUCAUCACCGAGUCGCUGAUUGAAGAAGCGGUGCUUGAUCGUGCCCACCAAAAGCUUGAGAUCGACGGUAAGGUUAUUCAGGCUGGUAAGUUCGACCAGAAGCUGAGUGCUGAAGAACAAGAAGCGUUUUUGCGGGCGUUGCUUGAAAAGGAUGAAGAGCGCAGACAGGAGAAGGACGGUGAUGUGGUUGAAGAAGAUGACGGUGUCGAUAACGACGAUGAGCUCAACCAGGUGAUUGCACGUGACGACGACGAGUUGAUAUUGUUUAAAAAGAUGGACGAAGAGAGGCAAGCGGCGCAAAAGGACAAGCCGUGGACUCUGCGGUUGUUCACUGAACAAGAGCUCCCCGACGUGUAUAAGCGUGACCCGAAGGAGCUUAUCCAGAAGAAUGAGAUCAAUGCGGAUUACGGUAGAGGUAACCGUGAGCGUAAGGUCCAAAGCUACGAUGAUGGGAUGACGGAAGAACAGUGGCUUAAGAAGAUUGAUGGUUAUGCCCUGGGUCAAGAAGAUGACGCUUUCACUCCUCAAUCAGGGGGUGGACUGAAGAAACGGUCUCGUACUAAACGUAAGCGAGUGGAUGACUUCAUUGACGAUGACUCUGACGUUGAAUCGGCUGGUCUGAAGCGGCAAAAACUGGCGACGCCUCGUGCUCGUCCCAGUAGAGCCAAGCUGGCCAACAACAAAAAGGGUAAUAUCCACUACCGGCUGACGCCGCUGAUUGACCCAUUGGAUCCCCAGCAACGUGAACAGCUUCAAACGCAGAUUGAGAUCAUCUACGACGCGAUGGUGACCCACGUGAAUGCCGACGAGCGCAAUUGUCUGGAAAUUUUCAUGGUCAAACCGCCGAAAAAGAUCUACCCGGACUACUACGUGCUCAUCAAAUACCCCAUUGCUCUCGAUACCAUCAAGAAGCGCAUCACCAACCUCACCUACACACUGAUUCGUGAAUUCAUGGAGGACGUCCACUUGAUGUUCGCCAAUGCCCGCAUCUACAACGAAGAAGGGUCGUUUGUCUAUGACGACGCCAUUGAACUUGAAGAGUUGGCUCUGGAUAAGUUGCGUGAAAUCGCCGUCGGCCACAUCCCUCUGAAUGAAGUGGAGGAGAUCUUGGACUUUAAGCAGUUUGACAACCAGUGGCUGCUUAAGCCGUUGGCGUUGCCUCAACAGGCAGCAAUGCCGGCGCCUCCGGAAAUGAAGCCGCCUCCUCCUCCCGCGGUGCCGCCUCAACAACCGGUACCUCACCAGGCUCCCAUCCAUCACCAACAACAAAUGCAGCAAAUGCAGCAGCAUGCUCAACAGCAGCAACAGCAACAGCAACAGCAACAACAACAGAUGAACAUGGGCCACCACCAGAUGCAACAACAACAACAGCAGCAACAGCAGCAGCAGCAGCAGCAAAGACAGCAGCCUCCCCAGCAGCAAAUGGCUCAAGCACCGCAACAACAACAACAACAACCUCAGCAACAACCAAACCAAGGCCAACAGCAGCAUCAUCAGCAACAACAACAGCAACAGCAACAGCAGCAACAACAGCAGCAACAACAACACUCGCAAAUGAUGGAGCUGGACAUCAUGAUGACCAAUGGCGACCGCGACAUGGGGUUGCUCAACAUGGACAUUGGCGGGCCCGACCUGGUGCUUUCGUUGGACGACGACGACUUGAAGCUCGACUCCAACGAGUACGACAUGGGGCUUGAUUUUGCGUUGGACUUGGAAGGGUGA